CCGAAAGCGAAAGCGAAAGGGGCCGGGCCGGGAAGAGAAGAGAAGGGAAAGGAAGGGAAGGGCCAUGGCCGGUGGCGGCGUGCGGCGGGGCAGCGCCUCGGAGCCCCCGGGGGAGCCCUGAGGCCCCCGGCCCGGUGCCGCCGCCCAUGGCGCGCCCGCUGCUGCCGCUGCUCUGCGGGGCCGUCGCCCUCCUGCUGCCCUGGGUCGCCGGCGAAACCGUGCGAUGCAGCCGCCCCAAGGACGUGGCCAACGCGCACAUCGAGGCGGGCAACACCACGCAGCUCAACACCUGCCUGCGCUACACCUGCAAGCCGGGCUACAAGCGCAAAGCCGGCACCUCCAGCCUCAUCCAGUGCGUCCUCCACAACGCCAAGCCCGUCUGGACGCACACCAGCCUGCAGUGCAUCCGGGACCCGGCUCUACCCCCACCAACCCCCAGCCCCGAGCUGCCGACCGUGCUGCCCACCAUGAGGACGACCCAGAGAGCAGGAACCACCGGCGCCGCUCCGACCUCCAGCCCCUCUCCAGCAGCAACGCCCGUGCCGCCGGUGGCUGGUGGGCCAUCGCCGGAGACAUCCACGCUGCCGGCGACGUCCCCGCUGCUGGAGACGUCUCCGCCAGGAAAAGGGAUGGCCCUGGGGACAACCCCGCUGCCCACUGCCCCCGUGGACCACGCUGCAGUUUCUGCCCAGAUAUUGGCCUCUUCCAUCGGGCUCCCGCUGCUGGUCAUCGCCGGCGUUGUGGCUUGCUGCUGCUGGAGGAUGAAAACGAGCGCCCAGCAGGACUACACGGUGGCGGGGACGGCCAUCCCCAUGGUGGCUCCCGCCGCCGCAGCCGAGGACGAUGAGACGGUGCCACCCGGCGUCUUCCCCAUGGGCUGAGCACCCACGGCCGGGCAACUCGGUGUACCUGCCAGCCCGGCCAGCAAGGAGGGUGCUCGGGGCUGGGCCGGAUAGUCGGAUGCUUCCCCGAGUGGCAGUGGCGUGGGGCAGAGCACGUCCCCCGUCCCCAGCCGCCCUGCGCAUGGAGCAUCUUCGCCCCGGGGACACGUGGCUGCUUUUCCCAGCCUGACCAAGUGACUGUCAUGGAAGAGCCCGCUCCGUCGGCCGAAGCCACCCCCAAGCCAUCGACCGCAGCGAAGAGCUCCAGCACCAGCCUGCUGCGGCUCAGGGCCCCUCGGACACAACUCAGGGAUCCUUCGGGGGCACUUUCGGCACCGAGCCCAGGUGCCCACCGGCUCCGGCUGCUUGCAGGGGAGCGCAAGCAGGAGCGACUCGCUACAGACACUGCCAAAACCUGAAAGCACGACCUAGGGAAAAUUUC